AUGGCUUCGAAGCGCAACCUAUCUUCGUGGAGUUGGCGCGAUGGCUCAGGCCUUGGGCUCUCUGGUCAGACAGAGAUUCCUACCAAUAUCCAUCUGGAUCUAUUGGCGGCUAAUCUCAUCCCGGACCCCUUCGUGGGCACCAAUGAAGCAGACCUGCAAUGGAUACAUCGCAAGUCUUGGGUAUAUACAACCACGUUUGAGGCUCCAUCUGUGCCUGAAAACGAAAAUUUAGACCUUGUUUUUGAGGGCCUAGAUACGUUUGCCACGGUACAGCUGAAUGGACAAGAAAUCCUCAAAUGCGAAAACAUGUUCAUCAGCCACCGACUUGAUAUCAAACAUUUGAUUCGCCCUCAAAACCAUCUCGAGAUCUUUUUUGAGUCAGCCUAUGACAGAGCAGAAGCUCUGCGCGCUGAACGAGGCGAGUUGAUUUGCUGGAAUGGUCAUUAUGGCAGAGUCUAUGUCCGCAAAGCUCAGUAUCACUUUGGGUGGGACUGGGGCCCGUCACUCGUAACCUGCGGACCCUGGAAGACGAUUUAUCUUGAACAGUACUCGUGUCGCAUUGAAGAAAUGAAGAUCGAUGUUGGGCUGUCAAGUGAUCUAAAAAAGGCAACUUUGACUGUGGACGUCAACCUCGAGCCAAGAGACAUCUCGAGAUUCAUCGAAGUUGAAUUCAGGGAUCCAGAAGGAACCGUUCUUGACCGCCAGACUACCCAAAGCAGGUCGGUCACGUUCCUUCUGGAUCAACCCAAGCUGUGGUAUCCCCAUACGCACGGCGAUCAACCUUUGUAUCAAUUCGUGGCGAUAGUGAGAUCUGGGCGGGAUGUCCUUGACUCAAAGACUCACAACAUCGGCAUACGGCAAAUCGAGCUGAUUCAGUCACCUCUCCAAGAAGGCUCUUCGUUUUAUUUCAAGUGCAACGGUAUACCUAUGUUCAUGGGCGGGAGUAACUGGAUCCCAGGCGAUCAGUUUCUUCCCCGAAUGACGACACAAAGGUACAUAAGAUGGGUCGACCUGGCUGUGCGAGGGAAUCAAAAUAUGCUUCGUAUAUGGGGCGGAGGCAUAUACGAAGAAGACGUUUUCUACGAUGAAUGUGAUCGGCGAGGGAUUCUUGUUUGGCAAGAUUUUUGUUUUGCGUGCGGGCAGUAUCCCUCAGAUGAAGAGUUCAUCGGGAGUGUGAAGGAAGAAGCAAGACAAGCAAUCAAGCGCCUCAGAUCGCACCCCUCUCUGGCCAUCUGGGCUGGCAAUAACGAAGAUUACCAAGUCGCAAAUGAGGCGCUCCAUCACGACAUGACUAUGCCAGAGGACCAGUGGUCAGGGUCAACCUUUGGUGCGCGAGUAAUUUACGAGAAGGUAUUGCCAGACCUCGUAAAGGAACACGCUCCCGGUAGCAUCUACUGGCCAGGCUCACCAUUCGGUGGCGUGGAUAACAACAGUGACCGUACUGUCGGUGAUGGGCACAUAUGGAAUGUCUCCAGCGGCAUGCUUUUGCCUUACCAGCGAUAUCCCGACAUCACGGGUCGAUUUGUGUCGGAGUUUGGAAUGCCAUCAUGUCCUGCAGUGGAGACCGUCAUGGCAUCCUUCUUUGGCGAGAGUGAUGACCGGAACCCCCAGAGCGAAGCGUUUGAGUUUCACUGCAAGAUGACAUCAUAUGAAAAACGCAUGUUUACUUGCAUGGGAGAAAACUUGCGCAUGUCAUUCGACCUUGACGCAUAUGUGUAUCUUUCUCAGCUCGUUCAGAGUGAAGCGAUGCACUAUGCUUUCCGUGGCUGGCGCAGACGAUUUGAGGGUCGAGAAUGCGGGGGCGCUUUAGUCUGGCAGAUGAACGAUUCGUGGCCUGUUGUCAGCUGGGCUAUUGCAGACUAUCAUGAACGGCCGAAAAUGGCUUACUAUGUCAUUGCCCGUGAUAUGAAAAAUCUCGCGAUAGGCAUAGAGCGAAAGCCCAAGAUCAAUCCCAAGCCGAAUCUACAACAUGAGGCAUUCUGCAGAGGUAAAACCAAGGCGGAUUCUGCUAGUGUCAUCGCUCAUGCUACCCCACACAUAUAUCCCGCCAAAGAAUCCUCAUUCUAUGUCUGGGUCGCAAAUGCCGCAGUAAAUUCGCAGCAAGCGGAUAUCCGGAUACGCUUCAUUAGCGUACGGACUGGGCUGGAGGUACGCAACUCCAUCGUGUCUACGGUGACAGCAAAGGGUACAGGUACCCAUGAAGUCGCCAAUGGCUCGACUCCAGAAACAGAGCCUACGGUGGUUGUCUCAGAGCUUUACGAUCAAGAUGGCAAGCUUCUUGCGCACGAUGUGGACUGGCCACAGCCCCUUAAGCACCUCAGGUUUCCCCAACGCGGUCUAAAAGUGGAGGUGCAUAGGCAGGAGGAGCUGGUCGUCUCGGUAGCUCGGCCCGUCAAAGGCCUGUUCUUUACGAAUGACGGCGUUCAGUGGAGUGACAACUGCCUUGAUGUCGCGCCAGGACAAACCCUAACUGUAAUUGCCAAGGGCCUGAAAGAGUCGCCAAAGUGGGUAUAUUAUGGUAUGGACGACUGA